GUGCCCCUCCCGCACUUUGGCUCCCUGCUCCAUGACGCAAGCUCACGUGACGCACGGCGUGGGACAGGCCUGGCCAAUGUGAACUAAUUGGAGCGAUGGAGAGCGAUGGGGUUUAACACUAAACUGAUAGGAUCUGAUCAGCACCGUCAGAAGGCCGCCGAACCAUGUUUUUCUUGACAGACAACGAACGCAGGCCACCAGAGACAGCGACGGCGCUGGCGAAGGAGUCGCGCGGAGUGGUCGUACAGGUAAAUACCUUCGGAAGGCUCUCUCUUCCGAUCAUGGAGACGUGGGGGAACCAGCGGGUGCUACGCUGCGUGGGCGUGAACGGCAAGGGCGAGGGAGACGGCAGCGGCCGUAGCGACAGCGCUGGCGGACAACGAUUCUCAGAGACAGAGGGGAUUGGAUCCGAUGAUCCAGAGGGAGGCAGUGGCGACACUAGUAGCGCGAUCGAGGAGGUGAGGGAGAAGUUGUUGGUUCACCUCCGGGAAGCGGCGGACCGGAUCAAGUUGAUAGUUCAGGAAACGCCAGCGCUACCACCCCCUCCGUCCAGAGGCGAUGAGCCAAGGGCAGAAGCGGUUCGGGCGGAGGAGGCCGAAGCGGAGCCGUCGUCAUCCGCGCCCCCGACGUGGCCAUGGAAGCUGCGGACGAGGCGGAGGGGGGCUAGGGUUCGGGCGAUGUUUGGGCAGCGAGCGAGCGGAUCGCUGGCUGUUGCGGGCGAGAAAAGAGCUGCGCGGCCGAGGUCAAGCGCCCCGCAGCGGGGCGAACGGUCCGAUUUCUCAAUAACCCUUACGAGGGAGGAGAUCGACGAGGACAUCUACGCGGUAACGGGCUACAGAGCACGCCGCCGGCCUCGAAGGCGACCCCGUGUCGUCCAGAAGCAGCUCGAUCUGCUGUUCCCUGGUUCAUGGCUGUCGGAGAUCACCUACGACUCUUACAAGGUUACCGAUUAGAAGCACAGCCGCGCCGCCGGCUCAAUAUAUCUGGGAAAGAAGCCAUAUUUCUUCUCAUCUGCCAUCGCCGUUGACACAGCUUCUCCGAUCACUUCGGUAAGAGCGCUUUUCCACACACGUUCCUUUCCUUUUGCCUUUUAACUUCCCGUUAAUUUAUGGUUUAUUUAGAUUUUCGGCUGUUGUCGUUGCCUCGUCGAUAUAAUUGAAGUAAACAUCCAUUAAAAAAAAAAGUUCUGGCUUUUCAUAAUGCGUGCUUGUAUUCUAGUAGACUCCAAUGAACUUGAUCUGCUGUAACAUUGAAAAUUGUUUGCAUGCAUAUGCUUCCCAUUCAUUCCCACGAGAUGAACUGGUGUUCGUCGAGAGGAAUUGAUUGAGAUAGACGGAGUUCGACUAGAUUUAGUGUCACGGGAGAGGAUACAAUUUUUGUGGUGAAAAUAAUAGGAUUUGAUUUCAAUGUGAAGAAGAUGGGAAGGAAAUAAUUAGUGAUAGGGAUCAACGG